GAGCCCCGAGCAUACCCUAAUAAUCAUAGACUAUCGAUUGAUGUCAACUUGAAAAACAAAUUUUCCCUGAUAGCCACCCUAACCAUAAGUUAAUUACAAGCUACUGCCGUAUUUUAAAGGCAACUUAAAGGAAAGUGCUGGAGAGCAAGCAGUUAUUUUAGACCUUCUACGACAAUAUUUUUCCAAUUUUUAUAAAUAUUCAAUGAACGAUUGCAAUUAGAAUAGAUGAGAUAGCUGAAUAAUAAUGAAAGCUAAAAAUAAAUUGAACUAAAACUGAACAACAGAAGUUAACGUAUAUUUGCUAUCAAAUUGAAGGGACACCUGCUCAGCAAACUUCACAACUUUAAUUUGCCGUAUUUGGAUCGCAAAUAAAAAAAAAACAAACUUUUUCUGUGCAAUCCUAACUAUCGGAGUAACAUAAUAUUGUGAACGUUGAAGAAUUCUGUCAUUGCUUUGAAAACUGUUGAAUAACAAACAUGUUUGAGUGGACGUGGGACGAAAGAUUUAAAUCGAGAAAGUCUUUAUUAUCCAAAAACAAUUUAGAAGUGAACUUUCAUCCUGGUCGUAGCGAUGGAACAGCUGCUGUUAGGGGUAAUAAAGUAUUAACUAAAGAAAGACAUCACUACUGGGAAGUAAAAAUGGUGUCCGGAAUAUAUGGAACCGAUGUGAUGAUUGGUGUAGGUACUGCUAAAGUUAAUGUAGAUGAGAGAGACAAAUUUUUCUCAUUAUUGGGACAAGAUCGAGAAUCAUGGGGACUGUCAUACAAGGGUAACAUACAUCAUGCUGGUGAAAUUAAAGAAUAUUCAUCGCCUUUCGAGCGAGGAAGUAUCGUUGGGGCUCAUUUAGAUACUUGGAAAGGAACUCUACAAUUUUUUAUAGAUCGGAAACCUCUUGGAAUUGCAUUUACUGGCUUACGUAGCGUCGAAUUAUACCCUAUGAUUUCAUCAACAGCAGCCAAUAGUUGUAUGCGGAUCACAAAAAGUUGUUCAGUUCCGGCAUCUUUACAGAUGAAUUGUCUUGGAAUGUUAAAACCUUUGCAUAGAUCAUAUCUAUCGGCAGCCUUUCCGAGUCUUCGUUAUUUAAUUGACGGUGUAUUUGCUGAAAUUUUGCGACUGAAACAAGAUACUGAUAAUGACAACGAAGAUUUUGAAUAUGAAUUCCCUGAAGAGUACAUGAUUUUAGAUGAUUUUGAUUUUGCACUAGUUGGAUUUGGGAGAAGAAAAAAAAGAAAAAUAGAUGAUUCCUCAAAGUUUGAAAGUACUGAUAGAUUUUGUAGAAAUUGAACCUUGGAUGUGGAUUUCGGAUAAAUCAAAUUUUAUUGCAAUAAUUGCAAAGACCGUUUCUACGGACUAAACCAAUUACCUUUCAACAUCUAAAUUUAUUUGUUUCAAUAAAAUAUUCGUUUAGCCCAAAAUGCAUAUCUUCAAUCAUGUUAAAUUUAACUCUAAGAUUUGUUACUUUUCGCUAUUAAAAUAAACGAUUUUCAAAAAAUUCGGAGUUACUGUUUUCACCCUAAUUUUCGAAAAUCGAGUUUUCAUGAGGCGUCACAGUUUUGAAAUUCUACAAAGCUAUUCUGGCUAUUUUGAGAGUAAUGAUCAAAUGUGGGUGUGUGUGCGUGUGUGUGAUGAACUCUCUAUAAUCUUGCAACUAAUUGACUGAUUUAAAUGUUUCUCCUGAUUAAAAAAAAAAAAACAAUACAAAACGAUUAGAAAUGACUCAAAACAAAUUCAAUUUUAAUACUGUAUUAUGUCAGAUCAUCCUCAUUUCAUAUAUAUAUCCAAUGAUGAAAUUUAAAGUUUAAACAUUAAAGAAAAAAUGUUUAGUUUAAAAUGUUCUGAGAAAGAACAAAAAUAAAUUAAAGAAAAUCUAUUUCUAGUAUUUCGUUAUGAGAAAACCGAUCGUGGGAGCUGUGCAGGGGUCCUCUAAAGGGAACAGCUGCAUAACUCCCGCGAUAAGGCCGAACAUCACUUUUGAGAGUUUUCUACAAAAUCUCAUAAAAGUGGUAAUAAAAUAGAAAAUUUAUGUUUCCGCUGCAUAGGAAUGCUCCGACCCAAAUGUGAAACUUUCCAGAUCACUUUUGGAAGUAACGGAAGUAUUUUAUUUAAACAAAAUCUUAAAUUAAAACAAAAAAGAAUCAGAAUAUAAAAUAAGAUAUAAACAGUACUUGGAAAAUAAACUAAAGAGAGGAAUAAAUGGUUAAAUAAUUGAACAAAUAAAUAGAUAAAUAAAUAACUAAAUAACUAAACGAAUGAAUAGAUAAUCAAGUAAAUAAUUAAAAAAAUAAAUAAAUGAAUAAGGAACUGAUUAAAUAAAUAGAUAAAUGAAUAAAUGAUAAAUAAAAUAAUUAAAUAGAUGAACAAAUGAAUAAGUAGAUUAAUAAAGAACUAAAUAAAUAAAUAGAUAAGUAAAUAAAUAGUCAAAUACAUAGUAAGUUUAAGUCAAAGAUAAUUUAGAGGAAGGGCAAAAGGGCACGUUUAGGACUAAUGCGGAGGGGAUUGUGCGAUCCCCGAAGCAUUAGGCCUUAAAACAAAUGGGAGGAAAGUCAAGGCCAAGAUGAUUUUCUAUUGGACCUGAUUUUCUCUCAAACAAAAUAUUUAAGAAACGCCUUUUCAUUUUCUGUGAAACUCCGAAUUUUGAACUAGUGGAGUCAGUCGUGAAAUUUGGUCCAAAGUUGACGGUUGGAUAAUAAACAUAAUAGUAGAAAAUCAGAGUCGGCUGGUUGCCACUCUACAUUAGAAAAUGAAAGCUGUAAAAGUUCACCGGAGGGAAAGUUCACAGAAAAGGGAAAGGACCAUACUACUAUUUAAUUGUUCUAUACAUAACAUAAGCUGUAACCGAGUAAGUCAGAAAUUUAUCUUGCUUAUGAUUUCUCUUUCAAUAUAAA